GGGAAUCAGUAAAAAUUGGCUAGCCGCCGAAGAAGCACACGCACGAUAUCAUCGGUGCUGAUCGCGAGCGCGGGCACGCGUGUGGUUAAUGUGGAGUUUCCUUGUCGGGUGUUUUGUUUGCUAUAUACUCUCUGUUCGGUUGAGUUUGGGCGGACCGGAAGCGGAAGUUUAGUUCUCAAGAUAGUGAAACCGUCGAAGCAGCUGACACCGGCGCGAUUGUAGUGAAUCAGAAGGCAGGCCGGGCAGUAAACGCAGUGGCAAAAGUGCACAAAACAGCAAAACAAAGUUGAGGACCGCCUUAAUCGGACAUCCAGCGUCCACCGUCCGUCGUUGGUUGGCGAAGUGCGAGAGAGGAAGAAAAAUCACUUAAUUGGAACGGGAUUCGCUUUCGUUCGACGUUGUCAUCAUCAUCAUCAUCUGCUGUACGAGGUGACGGAUAGAAAUAGGACGUCACAACGCCGGCAGCUGGCAGAGAACCAGAUCGUGGAGGCUGGCUUCGUUUCUUUCUGGCAAACCGGCUAGAAACAUAAAACGAUGCGGCUCAAGCGAGACGGUACAGCACUAUCGGUGCUGCUUCAAUUGCUGUACGGUUGCAGCGUAGUGCUGGGACAUGGUCGGCUAAUGGAACCACCGGCACGUAAUGCGAUGUGGCGUUUCGGAUUUCCCAAUCCGGUCAACUACAACGAUAAUGAGCUGUUCUGUGGUGGGUAUGCCGUCCAAUGGGAACAUAACGAGGGCAAUUGUGGCGUUUGUGGAGAUGCAUACAACCUUCGAAGUCCGCGGCCACACGAAGCAGGAGGCGAGUUCGGGAAGGGGAUAAUUUCUCGCCGUUAUUUCGCCGGGCAGGAGAUUGACGUGGAGAUUGAGCUGACUGCGAAUCAUAUGGGCCGGUUUGAGCUGUUCCUUUGUCCGAAUAACAAUCCACACUACGAAGCGACGCAGGAGUGUUUCGAUAGAUUUCCGCUGUUUUUAAGUGGCACGCAGGAGGUUCGGUACACCAUACCACCGGAAUCGGGGAAGAAGGAGAUUUUUCGGUACCGGGUGAAGCUACCACGGUUCGUUACCUGUACGCAGUGUGUUAUGCAGUGGACUUACUAUACCGGAAAUAUGUGGGGCAGAUGUGACAACGGAACGGAAGGGGUCGGUUGCGGUAGACCGGAAACGUUUAGGAACUGUGCGGAUAUCAGCAUAGUCUCGAAUACUGGGGGUAUUCCGCCUCUGUUUGUGGAAAGCAAGAAUCCGUUCCUGCUGUAUUACAGGGACUUCCGGGCACCGGAACCAGACAAUGUUUUCCCGCUUAUUAUACGAGACCAAGUUUGCCUCCCGACCAUGGCCUACCGGCGUUUCAUCGGCAUGGACGAUUGGUGCCAGAACAACUGUCUUCGCUAUCCUCCCAACUGUCCGGAAUCGGUGUGCCACUGUCCACAAACUUGUGAAGCGAUCGGUGAACUGGAGGGCCGUGAGGGUGCCGACGUGUACUGUAUGGACGAGUGCCUAACGUACAAGUCGCACUGUCCAACGGAACGGUGCCAUUGCUACUGAACGGUGGAUCGGAUCAGAAAGAACACGCAGCUUGGACUUGGAAAAACGACUCUUGGAUUCGAUUGGAACUGCGCAUACGAUGAGAUUAUUGACCGGAGGUGGUGAAUUAGUACUAUCGACGAAGGGUAGAUGACAGGGGGAAACAGGAGAGGUGUGCAUAGCAAUUCGACUCAGAUAAUUAUUUUUUUUGUAAUAAUAGAAAAGAGAAACUUGCCGUUUACAUUAAAAUAGACAAACUAGGAGAGAGCAACUAGGGAUAGUGAAAGAACUAAUGGUUGAUGUUGGAGAUCGGUUCUCCCGAAAACUGUACAUUUAAACAAGUAAAGUGAUGCAUGCAGAUGAUUUGUGUUCUGUAAAGUUUGUGUAAAUGUUUACUCGCUUAGGUCAUUUUUGUAGCUACCAUAGGGCCUAAUCGGAAGAAUUUUUGAUCAAAUAAAGAAUGUAUAAAAGAAUAAUCUGAGGUGCAGUAUAACAGUUGAGAAUUGAAUACGCCUUUGAUUAGACAACAAUGGGUACGCGUGGCGAUACAUCCAUCUAUGUAUCUCGUUUAAAAUGAGGUGCCGCUGGAAACAAAUUGGUUUGAAAUAAAUUUCCCCCAACAAAG